AGUGUGCUUCCAGCCCGCCCGCCCGCUAUGUGGAGCGGACCGGGGCGGCCGGGUGGACGCGGGGAGCAGCCGGAGGUAUCAGGAGUUGAAAUGACAUAGAAAAGUCUUCAAAGAACAGACUGUGAAAUUAACUCCUUCCACUUGAUACUGAAAGAAGAUAAACUGAAACUUUAAGAAUGACGAUCUGCUCAUUGGCAAGUUACAGGAAAAGCACAUAUAAGGCAACUGAAUAAAGUCUGUGGUAUGAGGGCUUUGUCAGAUAAACUGUCCAAAAGAAGUACGUACUCAGAGGCUGUUAUGUUAAAGUGUUGAACUCUGCUUUUUGUGUCCCUCCCUACUACCCCAACACUUCUACAUGUGAAAUGUUUCAGAAGAAGGAGCUGGUGUGGCUUAUUUGUCACUGAACUACAUUGGAUAUAAAAAAGUAAUGCAGGGUGCAGAGGACAGUGCAGCUUGAACAGUCUUAACCCAGCAUUUGAAAAAGCUUCUGUUUUGCAGCAAAAUAUGACACCUGUAGUUUUGCUCAUUGGUCAUCUCAUUCUACUGAUACCUCUGUUCAGUGCUGUAGAGGAAUGUGUUCUUUGUGAUUACUUCGUGCUUGUUGGAGAGCCUACUGCUAUUACUUGCCCCAUUAUUACACUGCCAGUGCUUCACUCUAAUUACAAUCUGACGUGGUAUAAAAGCACUGGUGCUACACCAGUAACUACAGAGACAAAUGCCAGGAUCCACCAGCGAGAGGGCUUGCUUUGGUUUAUUCCUGCAAUGCUGGAAGAUUCUGGACUUUAUGAAUGCGGUGUAAGGAGCCUUAACCACUCUAACAAAAAAACUAUAAAUUUAACAGUUUUUAAGAAUGAUAAUGGCUUUUGUUUUAAUGGAAAAAUGAAGUUUGAACAAAAAGUGAUGAGCACAAAUACUGGAAAGAUUAUAUGUCCUGAUCUAGAACAAUUUAAAGAUGAAGACAAUAAUCAGCCUGAAGUACAUUGGUAUAAGGAGUGUAAGUCUGGGUUUCUUGAAGACAAGCGACUUCUUUUGGCAGAGGGUGAAAAUGCUGUCUUGAUUCGUAACGUAACCGUGCAAGAUAGAGGAAACUACACGUGCCGUAUGGUGUACACCUACAUGGGAAAACAAUAUAAUGUUUCAAGAACCAUAAGUCUGGAAGUUAAAGAAAAACCACCACAGAUAAAACCAGAGUUUAUUUAUCCGAAGAACAAUACAAUUGAAGUAGAACUUGGCUCUCAUGUAGUUAUGGAAUGUAAUAUAUCAAGUGGCAUAAAUGGCUUAAUUCCAUUCUGGCAAGUUAAUGAUGAGGAUGUUGAUAUCUUUGAUAAAACCUACAGGGAACAGUUUUAUGAAGAGGGGUUGCCUCAUGGACUUGCAGUAUCUGGAACAAAAUUUAACAUUUCAAAAGUGAAAACAAAGGAUUAUGCUCACAAAUUUUUCUGUCACUUCAUAUAUGGUUCUCAGCAAUUUACAGCCUACAUCAAAUUGGAACGCCCAGCGCGAAACAUUCAGGGUUACUUAAUUGGAGGAGGAGUUUCCUUGGUAUUUUUAGUAUGUUUUACUCUCUUUAUCUACAAGAUCUUCAAAAUUGAUAUUGUGCUUUGGUAUCGGGACUCCUGCCAUCCUUUCCUGGGUAAAAAAGUUUCAGAUGAGAAGAUCUAUGAUGCUUAUGUUCUGUAUCCAAAGAACAGAGAGAACUGCUUGUACUCAUCGGAUAUUUUUGCUCUGAAAAUACUUCCAGAGGUCUUAGAAAGACAGUGUGGUUAUAACCUCUUCAUAUUUGGGAGGGAUGAUUUACCAGGAGAAGCUGUGAUCAGUGUUGCUGAUGAAAAAAUCCGUCAAAGUAGAAGAGUGAUAAUUGUUUUAGUACCAGAGCCCUCCUGUUAUAGCAUUCUAGAAGAUGUGUCUGAAAAGCAGCUAGCCAUGUAUAAUGCUCUUAUCCAAGAUGGCAUUAAAGUAAUUCUCAUUGAACUUGAAAAAAUACAAGAUUAUGCAAUCAUGCCGGAAUCCAUCAAAUAUAUUAAGCAAAAGCAUGGAGCUAUCCGAUGGAAAGGGGACUUCUCAGAAAGGUCUCACUCAGCAGGUACCAGAUUCUGGAAGAAAGUGCGCUACCACAUGCCAUCCAGAAAAAGUGAAUCUUUGUCAGGAUUGCAUUUGUUACCAAAAGACUUGAAUUCACCUUAAAUAACAAAAGGGAAAUGACGCUUAAUGACCGAUUCAGUUCACAUAGUUGGUGAUGGACUGACUGAAAGUCACACUCAUCUGUUUUGUGCAAUCUUAUCCAGAUUUUCUUAAGUGAAGGUACUACAGCUUGGUAUCUACAGAUGUGAAUCUUUUUUUCUUCUGGCUGGAUCAACAGAACAACUUGAAAUAUCAUCAGUAGCACAUGUAGGAAGCACACGAGUACUUUUCCAAGAAUUGCACUGUGAUUUGGUGGAAUUCUCAUAGUGUUGAAAAUAGAAGGCAAAGAAACUAUCAAAAAAUCCCCAGAAAACUUGUUUUUUUACAAGUCUGGAUAUGAAGAGAAUUAUAUUAAUUAUAAUCAUGAUAUUAUGAAAUGGGCAUGGUUGAUGCCAGUAAAUAUUUGUUUCAUUUUUUUUAAUGACACAAAACUUUUCUUUGUUGCAAGUUUGUUAUUUGCCUUGUUCGGUUUACUGAAAGAUAAAUUCCCCUGUGGUACUGCCUCAGUGUGCUAUCAUCCAAGAGAAAAGGUAAGAGACAAUCCCAGCCCCAACAAAGUGCUGUUGAACCUGAAAAAGCAUACUCUUCUCUGGUCUUUUUUACAUUUUAAAGAACGGUGCCAUUUUUAGUCACUUGUCGCAUACAGACAUCGGAAAAAUACCUUUGUAAUGCUUUUUUGAGUCAAAAAAUUAAUCUCCACUGGACUUUUUUUUUUUCCAAUUUAGUGGCUUAAUGUAUUUUUUUACCCAAGUGGAACAAUUGGCUAAUGACACAAGAGCCUCUCAUGGGGCUACAGGAUGAUUGACUUUGUCUGCCUUACCUUAAAGACCACAUCAAUGGGCUUCAGGGCUCCUAUUUCUUGUGGGUUGCUGGUGCUGAAGGAGAGCAGAUCUUUCCUCCUGUUCCUGGCCAGAGGGCUGGCUCUAGCAUUUGUCAACUCUGAAAGCUGAAGCCGGCUGAACAGACUAAUGUGGCAGAAAUUGUCCUUUUCCUUGGGUUAAUGUUCUCCCAGAUUAGUGUGUUCCUGGCUCCCAAAGGGUUCGGAGUGCAGUCAGAGAAGAAGUGUGAUGAGACCAUGCUUUUCAGCUCCAGAUAUUCUUACAAAACAGAGCUAAAAUAGCAUUGCUGCUCAAGUACUCCUUGAAGUGAGAGAGAGAGAGAGAGAGAGAGAGAGAGAGAGAGAGAGAGAGAGAGAGAGAGAAAGAGAGAGAGAGAGAAAUGCCCUGUGUUACCCCCUGCAGCUGCUUGCUUUUGUCCUUUCUCUCUGCCCUGAUGAUGUAAAGAAUCAGUGGUGACUGUGUACUGGAGGCUGCAGUCACAGUUUUCCAAACAGCUGUUUGGGAAAUGAAGUUGUUAAAACUCAGUGUGUAUGUUGAAUCCUUUAUCUUCCAUUUUAAAGGUUUUUUACAGUAUUACGUAUGCCACAGCUGUUAACUCUGAAGUCAUGUUUGACUUGUGUGUAGGCAGUGACAUAGUUUGCAAUGUUCAGUUCUUUUUUCAGGGCAGGGAAUUGACUUGAUUGAUUAAAAAAAUUAAUUAUCAGACCUCUUUCAUGCUAUGUUUAUAGCUAUGAAUUUUAUAGAAACAGGAGAUGAAAGCCGAACUGCCUAUGCUUUUCAGUCUGUCCUUGAAAGUUACAUUUUUAAGUGAUGAAAUCUUAGUGUAUAUGGAAGCCUCAGAAUUUGACUGUUACUGCCUCUGACUGCUGCUUGCAACUCUGAAUUCCUGUCUGUGUCCCUUGCAGCACUUUUUGCUCUCCUCCCAUUUAAACUCCAACCUGUCUUUUCCCAUGCUGUUCCCUUAUCUUGAAACAAGCAACUUACUGUUAUAUCGAACUCCAUCACUUUCCAAACUCUCCUUGAAGGUUGUUGCUAAUACAGUAUCAGGCAGAAAUUUUUCCUUUGGUAUCUCCACUUGUUCAUCUGAAAAAAAUCCAUGUUCUGCAUCCUUCAGCAGUCAUCUAUUCAUUUGGAUACUGCAGUAUUGGCUUUUUCUUCUUUCACAGCUCAAGCAUUUUUCUUAUGCCUCCAUCCUCAACCAAACAAAACUGAUCCUUGUGUUCUGCCUGUUAAGUGACAAAACCAGUGGAAAUGGAUUCCUCUCCCACCUAAAUUGCUUUGCUUGCCUCAGUGUAUGCUGGAGACUUGAAACUCUGACUCUACAGACAGUACCUUCUGAGCUUUGCGUUGUGUAUGUGUUUGGCCAGAACAGAAUAAAAAUCUCUUCAUUUCAGGAUAGGAGGGGAAAAAAGUGCGUUUGAAACAUCAGACUAUUUCAAACUGUCAUGGUACUGAAGUGCCAUGUCUGUAUAGACCAGUGCAAAGGCUUAUAGUCUCUUCUCAUUCUUGUUUUAGUCAUGAGAGAAGUGUCAAGGGAGAAUCAGUCCUAGUCAUGAAGUACCACAUUCACUUAGCUGUUGCACACAGUCUGCUUUCAAAUAUUCUGUGUGUUCAGUGGCAGCCUGUUGUAGGGUAAAAGAGCCUUAAGGUCCAUCUGAAGUUACUGAGAACCAUCUGAGCAAGGCUGAUUGUUAUGGUUCACAUCAAUAGAAGAAUUAUACAGGACUGAAGCCAUAUGGUUUGGUCACAGAACUCUUCUGUAAGAAGAUCCCUGUAUCAAAUGUGAAGACCAGACACUGGCAGUAUGGUAUUCGUGCUCUGAGGACUAGGGUGUAAUACUGACAUUGUGCUUCCACUUUGACAGCUCACGGUAUGCAGUCCAGCCAAUAGAGUUCCAGCAACCUCAGGCCUCCUGAAUUACUUCUGCUGACUGGAAUAGAUUGAAUGGAAAACUGCUACUUGUUAUCCCUACCUUUAGGGAUAGGAAAGUUAUUUUACUGAGCCAAAAUACUGGUUUUUAAAAAGUAUUUGUUCCUUUUGAUAUACUUGCACAAAUGAUGCUAAAGUUUUCAUGUGUGUUAUGUAAAGGCACUUUGAAGAAAGGUGCAUUUUUAAAUUCAAUAAAGGCACUACAAAGUUUUUCAUA